AUGUUCUUCCAUAGUGCUGGUUAUGAAAAGGAGUACCUAGAAAAUCAUGAACAUUUAUCUGACUCCUCCCUCCGUGAGCGAACAAAACCAUUAGAAAAAUCCCUAUUUUUUACUUAAAACCUCACCUUCCCUGAGCAAAGAAAAAAUUUUUUUAUAUUAAGUGAUAAUUAUUAUAAUGAAAUCUCGAGCUAAUUCUGUUGAAAUUUGAACAAUUUGGGUUUUUAAAACUAAAAUUUUAUAAAUUAAAUUAAUAUUUGCUUUCCAAUUUUUACGAAGUGGGAUUUUUUAAAUUUCGAAAAAACAUUUUUCUAUAAAAUUUAUAUAUAAAUUUUUUUAAAAAACAAUCCCCUUCCAUAAGCGAACAAGAUUUUUUUGUUCGCUCAUGGAGGGCGAGGGGAAUGAGUAUUUUAAAACGAGUAAAAACUACUUUUUUGAAUUUUUUGGGAAGAUGUUUGAUAUAGAAUACAGUGAUAAGUUAUCAUAUAAGCUACAAUUGAAAUACGAAAUUGCAAUUAAUAUAAGUAUAACACUCCAAGCUGCCUCUAUUAUAUGAUACCCAAAUCCAGAAAUUUCUGAUUGAAGCUCUUACAAACAAUUUUGAAAUAUGAUAGGGAUUAUUAAUUAUGAUUUAGCUUGUGCAUUGCUUGGACUGUUAGAGUUUUGCUAUUACGGAACAGUUUUUGCUAUAGGCACUUGCUUCAGCUAUUUUGUUAUAUUUUUUGUUUUCUUUUAUCUCGAGAAAAGUCCACCAAAGAUUUUGGUUGCAUUUUCUAUUAAAAUUGUUAAGAUAAUCUCUACUAUUUGUUUCAUUCCUUCCAUUAUGAUUUUACUAACUGUUUUGAAAUAUUCAAUUAUCAGCUCGAAUUCAGUAGAUGAAUUAGAUAACACAGACACAAAAAUCCUUGAUUUUGGGACAAUUGGAAUAAUUAUUUCGAUAUUUUGCUUAAUUGUAUUAAUCGCUAUGGCCAUUUUAUAUGAAUUUUUCACUUGCGAUAUAAAUCAUGCAAAUUUUAAAAAAAAUAUAAAAGCAAGGUCUUUUGCAACUUUAGAUUGUCAAAGGCAGAUAUUUUUUGUAUUUAUGUGCAUUUCUUAUGUUUCUUUUGGGAAAAAAUAUUCAGUUUAUCACCAGAUUAUUUGCUUUUUAAGUACAUUUUUGUUGGGAAUUAAGUCCAUAAGAUUUUUGCAUUAUUUUAAUUACAUAGAAAAUGCAAUCCAAGUCUGUAAAAUGGGCUCGAUAUCUUUAACACUGCUGAUAUUUAUUUUUGGAGAAUUGCUAGAUAAUUCCCUCAUAAUUCUUGUUUUCACUUUAAUUUUGCACCCAAUUUUGCUUAUUUUUCUUAUAAAAUUUACUCAAAAAAACUACAACAAUUUAAGCAGCAAUACAGAAACUCCUAAUAACCAAUUUGAUUUUGAAAAAAAAUUCCGCUCUUUAUUGACAACUCCAAAUAUUGACGAUAAAUAUCAGAUUAUAAAAUUAUUCAGCAAGCACUGAAAAGUGAUUCAUUUCGAUAAAAACAAGCUCUUUGUAUUAUGAGAGUUUUAUUUUUGCAUUUCUAUAAUAAACGACCAAAGAUUAGCAAGGGUAAAGCUAACAAAACUAGCUUUAUGUGAAACUAGCUUCGAAGGGGAUAUUCAAGAAUGAAGAGUUUACAAUUUUUUAAAAAAUAAAGUAUGCACUGAAUUUCCGGAAAUUAUGUAUUUGGAUUAUAUACAAGAAGUCCAAAUGUUAAAAGAACAUGAUGAAGAGCUAUGCAAUUUAAUCAUCCAGUUACAGACUGAAUUUGCAUCCAGAGCUCCAUUGAUGCGUUCUCUAAUAAAUUUAUCAACCAAAACUUCAAAAAUUUUAAAAAAAGUAAGUGAAGGAUAUAAAUUCGCUGCAGAAAAAUAUAAAAACACUGAAACUUUGGAAAUAUAUGCAAGCUAUUUACUUCCCCCCCCUCCGUGAGUGAACAAAAAAAUUUUGUUUCACUCACGGAGGGGGAGUUAAUUUUUUUUUUUUAAAAAAUUUAUAUAUAAAUUUUAUAGAAAAUUUUUUUUUUCGAAAUUUAAAAAAAUCCUAAUUUGCAAAAAUUGGGAAGUAAAUAUUAAUUUAAUUUAUAAAAUUUAUGUUUUUAAAACGCAAUUUGUUUAAAAUUAAACAGAAUUAGCUCUAGAUUUCAUUAUACUAAUUAUUACUUAUAUAUUAAAAUUUUUUUCCAUUAAAAAUUUUUGUUCACUCAUGAGGGUGGGUUUUUGGUCAUCAUCAUAUUAUUUUAGAGGUCGUAAGACCAUUUUAUGGCAGAGCCAAAGCUCACCGCGCUAGGCCAUAUGGCCUUAAUUACCCAUCGCUAGCGACGACAAGGUAGUUUAUCUCCUCAUCUCACGCCCGUUGUCUUAAUCAGAACACCCGUCUUCGAUGCGAUUACACCCAAUUAAACUCGCGUCUCCUCCAUCGGAGUCCGAUGAGCUGCGGACUUGCUUCCAUCUUGCCUUAGACGAUGGUGGGUUUUUGGUCAAAAAAUGGCGAUUUUUCUAAUGGUUUGUUCACUCACGGAGUGGGGGGAGUUAGAAAAUAUUUUAAAAAAUCGUAAAGAAGCAAAUUUAAUAAGAAAAAAGAAAAAUGGGAUUGAAUAUUCUUACCAAAGGGAUAUUGGCUUAGAAAAAUAUGGAAAUCAUGCAGGGAUAUUAAUUAUUUCCUGUCAGGAGGGUUCUUUUGGGCAUAUUAUUUACCUUAAUGAAAAAGCUUCAGAAAUAUUGAAAGUGUCUAUGGCUGACAUCCACGGAAGUUCAAUUUUUAAUUUUUAUCCUCACUCGUAUGGAAAAAAUCAUGAAAAACUUAUGAGAAAGUUCAUUCACCAUUCAAAAACUGUAGAAGUUCCUAAUCAUCACAAUUUAUUUUUUCAAAGCCAGUUUGGCUUUCUUUCAGAGUGCAAAAUGGUAAUAAAAUUGACUGCUUUUCAUAAUUGCUGCUAUUAUUUAAUUUCUUUUCAGCAAAAACGUACUCAGAGACAAUUUGCUUUAAUUUCUGAUGAAGGGAUUAUACAAGGCCACUCAGAAUAUUUUUCUUUUUACUUAGGCUAUAACUCCAAAUAUGUUAAAAAUGUUCACAUCUCUGCAAUUUUCCCAUUUAUUGAUGCAGAUAACUUAAAAGUGAAUCAGCCAUGACUUGAAAAAAUUCAAAAUAAAGAAGUUUGUCUCAUAUAUACAAAAAAAAUAAUGAAGUCUAAAACUCUUAAUGUUUUAUUUGUUAUUGAUAAUUGAAUAGAGGCACAAAAAUUAAAAGAAGGAGAUGAGCCAAAAACAUUUAUAUCUCUAAAAACAGGUGAAAUUAUUGAAGAUAAUUAUCAAAUAAAUGAAACCUUUUUAGAAAAUAAAGAAACAAGCAAGCCACUAAUAUCUUUUAAAAGUGUUGAAGCCUCAACGCCAAAAUCUUAUGAAAUUGACGAUAAUUCUCCACAAAGUCGAUUAUCUUCAGAUAACAAAAUGACGAAAUCAUAUUCGUCAACUAUAUUAAGUAAAAUUUAUAUCAAUUUUAAUUAAUUCAAAAUCCAUCUUUACAAAUUUGAUAAUGAUUUGCUAUAAGAUAUAGAAUUCAGACUUUUAUAAAAACGCAAGCCUUCAAUUAAUAUUACUAUAUCUAGAACAGUCGCAAGACUUAAUAAUACAGUCGAAGAAAAAAAUAAAAGCACUUAAAUGGGUAUUAUUUAUUGUGGUAAAAAGUAUAUUAGACUUUAACAGUUAUACUUACAAUGGUCUCAAUUAUGGCGAAUAUUGUAAGUGAUGUAAAUUUAACCUCUUCAAUGAUGAUUUUUCGAAACCUAGGAAACCUGCUUUAUAAUAUAGGAUUAACAGCUGAUUCUGCUAGAACAAUAGACAAGUCAAAAAUGUUUAAUCUUGACUAUUCUUCUCAAAAAGCUCCUUUUUUGAGUAUAUUGCAAGAAAUCCAAACCAUUCAAAACACCAUUUUAUCUGAUUUUGAAAACUGAGAAUUUUGUUCUGUCUCUGGCAUAAUUAUACAAAUAAAAUAGCCACGUCACCGACCUGUCCUCUCUCGGACCGUUUCGAAUGUGGGGACCUUUGGCCUGAAACAAAGUGGGCAGGAAACGGAGUCUAUGGGUAUUGGGCAUUUGUGUUCCGGUUGGGUUUCCUCCUCAUGAAGACUUCAUGUAAUCGAUGGACAUUUGGGAAAAGGAAUUUUACCCCUAGAAACCACAGUGCUGACGAUGAAGGCAUAGUUGGUACCGAUACUAGCUAGGGAGUUUUAUUCCUUGGAACUCUAGUCACUCAAGCACAGCCUUCAAGUCCCAAACCUGCAUACUCCAAGUUUCGAGACAGCAUUAAAAGUUGAAGGAGAGCUAUCUCUGGUGGAAAAUUCUGCCAUAACCAAGGAAGUUUGCCAGCAUCUGAACAAGUCUUCUACGAAGACUCGUCUCAAGUGAGAUGUUAAAGGAGGAGGGGCCCUAAUCUAUAAUUAAUGUUAACGUUAAUGUCUCUGACAUAAUUUAUGAUCCCCUGAUCCCUAUAUGGUCUUUUGAUGGAAAAUCACCCAAAAUACAAUAUGAAAACAUGUAUAACACUUUAGAAAUUUUCUUACUGCAUGUAAAUUAUAUAUAGGCUAGAAGCAUGAUGGACGCGCUCAAUAAUAACAAAACAUAUAAAACAUAUGCUAAAUUUCUAAUCCUAAACGGAUUAGGGCAAACUUAUGAUUAUUUUAACCAUACUAUAUUAAGUUUAGAAGAUUGUGCAGUCAAUCAAAUCGAAUCUAUUGGAGACGUAAUAAAUACCUUAUUGAUAUGAGGAUUUUUUACUCUUGGAAUUUUAUUAGCAAUUAUUUUUGUGUUUAUUUAUUUAGCAGCAAGAAAAAUUGAUGAAUUUUGGAAUUUUUUUAUUAAAAACUUGCAAAUACCUAUGAUGAAAUUAAAAAGCGAGGCCAUGGAAAGGCUAAUAUAUGCUCACAAUACAGAAGCAAACCCUGAAGAUAGUGCUAGCUCUAGUCGCAUUAAGAAAAAACGAAAAGUCCGGACAUGAAUAGAAAUCAAUUUUACCUGAAAAAUCCUAUUAUUUAUCAUUAUUUCUGCAUCUUAUUAUUUUUUGCUUUAUUUUUAUUUAUACCCAGAUUGUCAAAGCUACAUGACAAAUCGGCCAAAAUUAUUGAACGUUUUUAAUAUAAGGCGAUCCUUAGUCUCAAGACUCUCCAUUUUUGCAAGAGAUUUAUAUAGCCCUUAUUUUUCUAAAACCUUUUUGUCAUCAUAUGGGUUCCCAAAUUCUUCUUAUAUGAUGUAUUUAAAUGCUGAAAUCCUCAAAGAAAAAAAUAAAGAGCUUAGGAAAGGGAAAUUCAUGAAAAUUAUGUCAGGCCAGCUAAAACAAAGAAUUUUUGAGAGCAGUAAUCUGACAAGCCCAAUAUUAAAAUUUGGUAGCGAGACUGCUGUUGAAAUUUCUAGCUAUGAUACAAUUAAUGUUGCGUAUUCUCCUUCUUUACCUCCUGCAGUAGUUCUUAAUUAUGUAUCUGUUUUGAAAGUGGUUCAAAAUUAUAUUGAUAUAGAAUUCCAAUUAGCUGAUCAUGAUUCCCAUAUCAUUAUAGAUUCUCAGUUAAAUAUUAUUAUAGCAGCAACUAUUAUUUACUCAGUCAUUUUCUGUGGACUUUUCUUUAUUUAUUAUUUGCCAUUUCUACAAUAUCAGAUAAAGGUGCUUAAUUGGCUUUCAUUCUUGAUUGAAGUAAUUGCAGCUGAAUAG